AAAAAGGAAGAGUGUGGGUGUUUGUAGUUCCGUCGCUGACCUCUAAAGGACUACAACUCCCAGGCUGGAGGAGGGACCUUCACGUCGAGGCGCAGGAGCCUCGUCUCUCCGCAGCAGCAGCAGCAGCUGGUGCAGCCGAGGAGGCGACUGUGUUACCGCGGAGCCACCGGAGAGGAAGCGGCGGAGCGCGAGCUCUCGGGGAAAAAGUGUCAACAGUUUGGGGGAGACGGCUCGACCCGACGCUCGUCGCCGGGACUCGGUGGUGGCAGCGGCUCGGUGAACUUGUCAGCGGCUUCUAAGUUUGCGUUUAAAACCGGGAGGUUCGUCUCAAAGUUGAGCCGAGGAGGAGUUCUCUCAUUCAGGAUGUCGGACUGAGACAAAGGGUCUGGGGGGACAUUCCCGUCGGAGCGGCCAGCGGCACAUGUGUGGACCGCGGCGGUGCAAAGUUGAGCAGCAGGUAACAAGUUGACUCUUGAACUCUCCUCUGGAUGGGAAAGAUGGAGAGGGAGCUGCAAUGGUGGAAAGGCCAGCUAGCUGCAGAUAUCCACCAGUCCCUCCGCAUCAAGGAGCUGAAGUUACCGGUGUACCGGGCUCACUCUCCGCAGAUUGGAAUGCGACGGUACUUCGCAGACUUGCUGGCCAUCCUCAGUAAUCGGUAUCAGCUAUGUCCUACAGCACGCCACCUGGCCGUCUACCUGCUGGACUUGUUCAUGGACCACUAUGAUGUGGCCGUCAAGCAGCUCUAUGUGAUCGCCCUCUCCUGUCUGCUCCUAGCCAGUAAAUUUGAGGAGAAAGAGGACCGGGUUCCCAAACUGGAGCAGCUGAACUCUCUGGGUUUCAUGUGCAGCCUGAACCUGGUUCUUAACAAGAAGGAUCUGAUCAAGAUGGAGCUCCUGCUGCUGGAGACCUUUGGCUGGAAUCUGUGCAUGCCCACACCCGCCCACUUUAUUGACUACUACCUCCAUGCCUCUGUGCAGGAGGACGACCUGUACAACGGCUGGCCCCUAUCCUCCCUCUCCAAGACCAAGGCUUUCAUGGACAAAUACACGCAUUACUUUCUGGAAGUCUCACUUCAAGAUCACGCCUUCCUGAGUUUCCGACCAUCUCAGGUCGCUGCUGCGUGUGUGGCAGCCUCUCGCAUUUGCCUGCAGAUUUCCCCAAGCUGGACGACAGCUCUGCAUCUGCUAACAGGCUACACCUGGGACCACCUCACCCAGUGCAUUGAACUUAUGCUGCUUGCUCAUGACAACGACGUAAAGGAGGCCAACAAAACCAAAUCCACUCCUCCUCACCGUCCCUCCUCCCUGCAGUCUCAGCCCCAGACCUCUCACCUCUCUCCAGUGUCAGCCAUCCAGAGACCGGCCUCCUCCUCGUCCUCCACCUCUUCCACACCACAGCUGCUCUUUCAACCUGAUGGCUUCCCACACCUCUCCCAGCAUUCCCCGUCCCUAUCCCACCUGCAAGCGCUCGCUGACUCCCAGGCUCUGGGGCCCGUGGUGAACAUGUCUCAGGAUUUCCUUCAGAGCCACAGGAUGGGUUUGCUAACUGGGGGUCCCUCCCUGACUCCUGGGAGUGGGUUCGCCGCUUACCCAAGCCUGACCUCAGGUCUUCAGCCGGUGACACGUGCGCUGCCGCUCCAGGGCCCGCUUUCUGUACAGAUGGCUCUCGCAGGUGAGCCACGGCACUGUCUGAGUAUGGCCUACAGCGGCGGCUACCUGGGGACUCAUCACACCUUUGCAGCCGGCUGCUUUGACAGGUGACGCCAGGAGACGGAGAGAGAUCGCAAACCACCGCGGGAGUGCACUUCUGUGCUUUCAUCCCGGCUCCCUACCCUGAAACAUCCACUCACAGACCUCCUCUCUCUCUCCGUCGGCACGGCAACACCUUCAGCAUGUUCAGCCCCCCCGCCCAUCUCACAGACACGCCUCAAACGCAAGCAAAGGUCCAAAGGCAAGAUGGACCCGGUGGAAGUCAUCACACUGUCGUGACAAACGCUCCACUGACUCAUGAAAUACUGAGGCAUUGCAAAAAUGUUAUUGCCAUACUCUGAACUGGUUUUCUAGAUCUGUGUUAUUGUAGACUGUCAUCACUGUGAAUGAGAUGAAAGCAGCAGUGUGAUCGAACACCCACCUCAUUCAGUGCCUGAGCUCAGUUGUGUGAUAGCUGAGCCAAUUUUAGAAGUGCACAGAGCAGCAGUAUCUGGGAUAAGGAUAUCUUGCUGCUGGACAUGUUUUCUUUUCUUCAUUUUCUAAUCCAAAAAUUUUUACAAAUGUAGAGAGACAAAUUGGCUGGAAUUGUUUCUUGAGCCAUCAUUUAGAGGCGAAGGAAGAAGAAACAGAGGCUUGUUGCUGACUUGGCGAGAAACGGGGCUAUGCACGUUACUGAAAUGUUUAGGUUGCGUGUCCUUAAUGUCAGCAAACAUUGAUCCAAUGUCCGUAAGCCCUGUUAGAGCUGAAGGGCCCCUCCGGGAAUUCCUCACCACAUAAGACCUCAGAGGGGACGAAGAAUUCAUUGUUUUGUUCACAGCAGGUGACGUCCGCUGCUCAAACGUGCCUGCGGUGUGAUUUUUUUUUUUCCUCCUCGUUCCUCUCCUCACCGUCAUCUCUUCUCUCCCACCUCCAAAGUCGAGCCUUGUGGCAGAGCCAUCACACACGUGCGUGAUAAUGUGGCUGGCUUGAAGCUGCAGGCUUUGUCACACUAAAGUUUGAAUUUCUCCAACAUCCGCCGCUCAAAGACUUGAACACAAACCGAUGUGACUGGACCA